UUCGUUCUUUAGUUCGCUCGACUAAUAAGUUCGUCAACCCUAGAUUUCUUACUCUUUUUUUUCCUGGUAGAAUCACCGACUCGAAUCAUAAAUUGCCCACUCUUCUGCAACUGAUAAGGGAGAUAUGGUGGAUCUUGCCGAUAAAUUGGCUUACUUUCAAGCAAAUACAGGCCUUGAUGACCCUGAUUUGUGCACGGAGAUCCUCUCCGCUCAUGGUUGGGAUCUUGAACUAGCCAUCUCGGCCUUCACCACGUCGAAUUCAGCUUCCGUGAACAACCUAAACGACAACAACACUAAUGACGACCAUUACAUUGUUGGUAGCAGCGGACAGCCUAAUUUAGAGUCUUGGGAAGGCCUUGAUAGACCGGAAUCGUCUCAACGAGAGUUGGAGCCGGUUUCAGAUGUUGAUGCUCCUCCUGGUUUAGCAUGGAAAAUUAUUACUCUGCCUUUCUCCGUGAUUUCUGGCAGUUUAGGGUUGAUUUCUGGUGCAAUCGGGCUCGGUAUGUGGGUUGCCGGUGGUGUCCUCUCCCGCUCCGUAGGGUUGCUUGGUUUGGGUCCCGGCCGUAACGGAGAUGCAUCUUCCUCCCCUCUGGUUUCCCUCUCUGUGUCUGCCUCAGAGGCUGCUCAUUUCGUUGCGGCAUUCGGGAGGGAUUUUGGAACGACUUGUCCAAAUUUUGUGACUGAGGGGUUUAUAGAUGCGUUGCAGCGUUCUCGCCAGGAGUUUAAACUCUUAUUCGUCUACUUACACUCUCCGGAUCACCCUGAUACGCCGUUGUUUUGUGAGCGGAGUUUAUGUUCCGGAGUAGUUGCGGCCUUUAUCAAUGAGAAUUUUGUAUCAUGGGGAGGGAGUAUCCGGGCGAGCGAGGGAUUUAAGAUGAGUAAUAGCCUGAAGGCAUCCAGGUUCCCAUUCUGUGCGGUGGUAAUGGCGGCCACGAAUCAGAGAAUUGCACUACUUCAGCAGAUUGAGGGACCAAAAUCUUCUGAACAAUUGCUCACCAUCCUUCAAAGAGUAGUUGAAGAGAGUGCUUCUGUUCUCAUCCCAGCUAGGCUUGAUGCUGAAGAAAGGAGGAACAACAUGCGUUUGAGAGAGGAGCAAGAUGCUGCAUACAGGGCAGCACUUGAAGCGGAUCAAGCUAGAGAGCGCCAAAGGAAAGAGGAGCAAGAGCGAUUGGAGAGGGAAGCUGCCGAAGCUGAGAGAAAACGGAAGGAGGAAGAAGAGGCUCAAGAAAGAGCAGCUCGUGAAGCAGCUGAAAAAGAAGCUGCACUAGCUCAUAGGCGGCAGGAGAAAGCUAUGGCAUUGGGUGAUGAACCUGAGAAAGGACCUAAUGUUACACAAGUUUUGGUGCGAUUUCCUACUGGAGAACGGAAGGACAGGAGGUUCUACAGCACGGCUACCAUACAGUCCCUCUAUGAUUUUGUUGAUUCCUUGGAUUGCUUGAAUGCAGAGAAUUAUCGCCUGGUCUCUAAUUUUCCUCGGGUUGUGUAUGGCCCAGAGAAGCAUUCAAAGUCAUUGAAAGAAGCAGGAUUGCAUCCUCAGGCUAGCCUUUUCGUAGAAGUAGACUCAUGAGGGAAACCUCUGUUCAAGGUUGUAUGACUGCUAGUAUUCUGGAAUUGGAUAAUGGACCCAACAAUGAAAUUUUCUUUCUAAAAUUGUCUUUUUAUAUUCUGCCCCAGCUGUAGUUAUAGUACCAUGAGAUCAUGGGCCCUUCAGUGUAUGAAAAUGGUUAUUUGAUGGUACACAAUGCUAUCAAACAGGUUGAAUCAAACGAAUGAUCCUCGAUGGCAAA